CCCCCGGGCUCGAGGGAACCCGGCCCGUGUGGAAUUUAAAACGCGUUCCCGGCGAACGUGCGCCAACGGUCCGGGAGGAAUCCCCAACGGUUCCGAAAAGCGAUCCCCCGCCUGAACAACCAUAAAACAAAUAAACAUGAGAAAAACCGUUCACCCAGCUGCCGAUUACGGCGACCUGCAGGAGGCGCCCCUCUCCGUCCCGGUCAAUCCCAACAACUUCCCCGCCAAACUCUGGCGCAUCGUGAACAGCCCCCGGAGCCGCUCCAUCCGCUGGGACCCCCGGGGCGAGGGCGUCGUCAUCGACCAGCAGCUGUUCGAGGCCGAGAUGCUGUCGCCCCUGCGGCUCGGCGGGGAGGCCACCGUGUUCAAGACCACCAACUUCACCAGCUUCAUCCGCCAGCUCAACCUCUACGGGUUCAAGAAGGCGGUCCUGUCCCCCGGCAGCUUUCGGGACCUGGCCUCGGGCGACCUCGUCGUGGCGGGGGGGGCCUUGCACCAUUUCCACAACCCCCAUUUUCAGAGGGAUCGCCCGGAGCUGCUGGUUAACUUGAAGAGGCUGACCAGCGCCAACAAGGCCAAGCUAGAAGCCGGGCUGGAAAUCACCAGCCGACCUCCUAAUCGCUUCCGAAGGCUCUGUACUAAACCGUGCGACCCCAUAAAUAAAGUAGAUAUACAGACAGACGGCUUGGCGACUGUUGCCCAGGUGCAUCACGGGCUCCACAGAGAUAACUCCUCCCCCUACCAUUGUCACCCAAGGGGUUAUGAGAGGACCCCCCACCCAAAGCGAGGCUGGCCCAGCUCCUUUGGGCUCCUCAUGGGGCAGGGCGAUGCCCCCUCAUUCCCGUUCUCGGACAAGGGGAUCUCCAUCUCGGUCAUGCCACGCUUCCACGGCGAGCUGGCUCACCCUGUGCAGUCCAGCCCCACCACUGUGCACGUCCAGCAGGGCCUGGGAGGCCCGGGACAGAAAUACAGCGAUUACAUCCCUCCGCGCAUGCAGUACCGUGCUGGCUUUUACCCUCCAAUCUAUCAGUACUGUACUCCUGGCUCCAUGGAUCCUUCUCUGACAGGACAUCCCCUACACACCCCACCUUCAUUCUCCAAUUACAACUACUAUCAGCCACCCUAUCCAGUUGAAUUCCUGCACCCUGGCAAUCCACAGUGGCCAAGCAGCUCCACAAAAGAAACAAAGAAACCCGACGUUAACCUAGACACAGUCUUUCAGAUGGUGAAUGAGCUUCAAGACUCCCCCAAGCUCCGUAUCGUCAAAGUGGAGACCCCAGAGAAAAACUCACAGGUGGUGCCACCCUCAGCAGAGAAGCAGCCUCCCAGUUCCAGUUUCUCUGGCUCAGCCCAGCUGAGCUCUCUUACCCCUGUCGACUCCAACAUGUUCCCUUUACAUAUGGAGAGCAACCAGAGGCCCCCUAGUGGCCAAAACCCUGAUUGCAGUUUAACCUAUUCUAUGCAACCUAUUGAUGUGUCAAAAAUAGGCUUGCCAGACACUUUUCUGGAUAAUAGCUCACAGAACAGUCAGGGCCAUGUUCUUCCUUCUCCUCAGUUAUCUGGAGUGACACGGAUGGAUUCCUCAAGGAAGGUUCUGAACAAUGUAGAAAAUCUUUCUGGUUACCAUGAAAAAGAAUCAGAGAUCUUGUCAGACUCCAAACCCUGGGUAGACACCAACACAGAGAAGACCUCUGCUCCUGCCACUACCCAGACUGGGAUGAUUAAAAGGAAUAGGUCUCCUGAUAUUAAUCAUCUUGUGGAUGCAGCCUGCAAGUAGAAGCCUUGUCCAGAAUCAGAUGACCUUCCUUUGGAGCAGAGGGUAUAAGGCAUGGAGUUCUAAUUACCCCAUUAUCCUGCUUCCUGCCAUUUUCACU